CUCGGGCUGUUUACCGCCCUGCCGGUUGCACGAUUCACUCUGAGGCUCUGACCGAAGAUUACAGCCUUGUGCAAGAGGGAAAAAAAUCAGUGAAGAAGGCUGAGCUGGACCACGGGAAAGAGGUGGGGGAACGGACAGUAAUGUAAGGAGCAGAUUCCGGCCCAGCAUUCCUGGCAGUUCGGAGGACAGGUCCUUGGGGGCCUUGAUAUGUCUCCGUGACGACAAGGGCGAAAGCGGCGCGGGCCUUCCAGUCAGGGGAUUUCUCUGGGCUCUGUGGCGGUGCUUGCUGUUUGUAACAGCUGCGGGCUCGUCCUGUUCGUCACCACUCCAGAAUUUGCGGGUCAGCAUGGACUGUUGAGGGGCUCCGUAGGUCACCACUACACUGCGGGCGUUUUCUCUCAGGCUCGGCCAUGCCGGCGGUGCUGGGUUUUGAAGGCAGCGCCAACAAGAUUGGCGUGGGAGUGGUGCGGGAUGGCGAGGUGCUGGCGAACCCGCGGCGGACUUACGUCACGCCUCCGGGCACAGGAUUCCUCCCAAGUGAUACUGCCAGGCACCACCGAGCUGUUGUGUUGGAUCUGCUGCAGCAGGCACUAACAGAAGCUGGAUUAACCUCCCAGGAUAUCGAUUGUGUUGCCUACACUAAGGGCCCUGGCAUGGGUGCCCCGCUGGUUUCUGUGGCAGUUGUUGCCCGUACUGUGGCCCAGCUGUGGAAUAAGCCACUGCUGGGUGUGAACCACUGUAUAGGCCACAUUGAGAUGGGCCGCCUCAUCACUGGAGCCACCAGCCCAACUGUGCUCUAUGUCAGCGGAGGAAAUACCCAGGUGAUUGCAUACUCAGAACAUCGUUACCGCAUCUUUGGAGAAACCAUCGAUAUUGCUGUGGGUAAUUGCCUGGAUCGUUUUGCUCGAGUGCUGAAGAUUUCCAAUGACCCAAGCCCAGGCUAUAACAUUGAACAGAUGGCAAAACGAGGCAAGAAACUAAUUGAACUACCAUACACUGUAAAGGGGAUGGAUGUCUCAUUUUCAGGAAUUCUGUCUUUCAUUGAGGAUGUAGCCCAGCGCAUGCUGGCCACAGGCGAGUGUACUCCUGAGGAUCUGUGCUUCUCCCUGCAGGAAACUGUGUUUGCAAUGCUGGUAGAAAUCACAGAGCGAGCCAUGGCGCAUUGUGGCUCCCAGGAAGCCCUCAUCGUGGGAGGUGUGGGGUGUAAUAUGAGGCUACAGGAGAUGAUGGAGACAAUGUGCCAAGAACGUGGAGCCCAGCUUUUUGCCACAGAUGAGAGAUUCUGUAUUGACAAUGGAGCUAUGAUAGCCCAGGCUGGCUGGGAAAUGUUUCAGGCUGGACACAGGACCCCCCUUAGUGAUUCUGGCGUCACACAAAGGUAUCGGACAGAUGAAGUGGAAGUGACCUGGAGGGACUAACAAGAUUAACAGGAUCAGAGUAGAUUGUGCGCUAAGUGGAGCCCAAGGGACAUUGGGCCUUAAUCUCUAUCCAGAUUUGGGAGUCCUGGGAAAGAUAUGGACUCCUCUCUCCAUUCAAACUCCAAGAUGACGCUGCAAUAAAUUUUUUUUUUUUUUUUUA